AUGAAUAAAAGCAUUAUUAUUUAUUUGUUUUUAUAUUUUAUAUCUAUUAUUUUUUCGAAAGAGGCAGAUAUUAGUAGCAACUAUGGGGGAAACGAUAUAGAUAACAACCAUUUGUUUGGAGUAAUUCAUAGUAAUAACAAUAUUAAUAAUUUAUAUAUAGAUAAAAGUAAUAAUCAAUGCAAUGAGUGCUCUUUUAGAAAAGAUAAAAAUGAAAUAAAAAAUUCAUUUCAGUAUUAUUUUAAUAGAUUCAUAAUAUUUCAAAAUUAUUCAGUUCAAGAAAUAGAAUCAGUUUUAUAUAGUAAAUAUAGAAAUCCAGAAAGUAGAGCGGUUUUACAUUUCUUUGGUGACUUUGGUGUUGGUAAAAGUCUUUCUGCAAAGCUUAUUUCAAGGGUUCUCUUUGAAAAAGGUAGUGGUUUACAAGGAGAUGGUUACUUUUCAAUAAAUGGUGAAAAAUACAGAAUUAUAGAUUAUGAUAUUCAAACAACAGAUAGCGAACAACUUCAACAAAAAGUUCAAGAUUUAAAUCAAAAAGUUCAAUAUCUUAGAAAUAGACUGUACAAUACAAUUUUAAAUAGAUUAUAUAGGUGUCCAAAUUCCGUUAUUGUAUUGGACGAAAUUCAAAAGGUACAUCCAGAUAUUAUCAAAAAAGUUAAAACAUCCUUAGCCACAUAUAUAUUAACAUCAGAUUUUGAAAAAGAAGGUGCUACAAAUAGGAAAUCAAUAGAACAAAUAAAAGAAAAAGCAUCAAAAUUAUUUAAAAUGGUUUAUAAUAAUAAUAAAUUUUCAAAUCUAAUUACAAAUAGUAUACCAUUCCUUCCAUUAGGUAAAGAUUUUGUAAAUCAAGCAAUAGAAAAACAAAUUAUCAAUCAUUUCUGUGGUGAAAAGCUAAUAGAUGCUUUAUACAUUUCCGAAAAAGAGUUGGUAUUAUCAAUCAUUUAUCAAAAAAUGGAAUCAUUAUAUUCAAAUGAAAAUUUUCGUGCUAUUGAAAAAUUAACAAACGAAUUAAUAUUCAAUAAAGUUUCAAAUUUUGUUAUGGAUUAUGAUAGGAUUUCAUUAGAUUUUAAAAAUAGUAUUUUAACUAAUAAUGAUAAUAAUAAUAAUGAUAAUUAUAAAGAUAGGGUUAAAGAUUUUAUAUUUAAAUUAAAUAAUCAAAAAAAAAUUAAAUUUACUUUAAAUAUAAAACCAAACCAAUCCAAAAAUAAUUUAGAAGUCGAAAUAACACCAUCAUUAGAGGAAUAACUAAGAUUAAUAAUAAAAAAUAGUUAUUUUUAUAUAAGCAAUAAUACUUUGCUUAUUUAAAAAAAAGGUUUCAAAAACUUUU